UUUAUAUUUUACACUUGGGGAAGUGACAUAAUUACAAAGUAAUUUUUAAGAAAUUUUAAUAUUUCGUGAACAUUGCGGGCCACAAAGCUCAGCAUUAUAUAAUACGAACAGUAACAACAUAAAUACAUAAACCAAAAUCAAAAUGAAACAAAAUAAAAUCGCGCCAUACCAGCGCAGCAUAAAAGUGCAGACUUAUGAUCAGCUUGAUUCCGAUAUGGAGGAUGCACAAAAAACGGUGCAACGCAAACUAAACUAUCUAGCUGAAUCGAAUCGCAUGACAGUCAAUUCGCGAGCAGUCCGAAGGCGUGCUCAGCGUUCCAGUGACGGAGGCAGCGAUAGGCCUAAUCGUCGGGGUAAGCAUAGCAACAAAAAGUGUUCACAGUCAAAAUUGAAGGACGACACAUCCACCAUUUCGCGGCAAAAAUCAGGAGCUGUGCAAACCUUCUUGCAAUCGCCUCGGCGUAAUGGCCUGUCGCCGCGUGAUGAUUUCGGAGAGGAGGAGGAGAAUGAUGAGUUGAAAUUGGCGCGCUCCAUGCGUGGUGCCAUACAGGAGGAAUAUGAACGGCAUUUGAACGACACCAAUCACCGCAGCCAGCUGAGUAUUAAGCAAAUGCACAAGCCCACCUAUAGCUGUAGCUCGUGUGGGGCCAUCUUUCAUAUUAAGUCGUUGCUUGGGGCGCAUCGUCGCACCCACGACGAUGAUUUUAAGGUGCGAUUCCGGGGACGUCGCUUUAGGGAGAACAGCACAGCUCAGGCGGCUAUUCCGUCUGGCAAACAGUGCAAGUUCUGCGAUCGUACAUUCGAUCUGGAGCGGGCAUUACGAAUCCAUCAGCUUUGCCACUGCAACAAGAUAACGCCACAACAACGACGCAAGUUGGGCUACACGGAUCUCGCUCAUGAGAAAAAGAAUGCACCUUUGCCGAACUUUCAGCGGCUAAGCAAGCAGGGAUUGCCGCUACAUACUGUUCCCGAUCCAAACAUGCCGUAUGUGGCACUUGGGCCUGCUGCAUUGAAAAUGAUAGAGCAGGAGCAGCAGAUGAAGGCAAAGAGACGCUCGCCCAAGUACACUGUCAAAGUGGCUGGGCCCAUGGGACGUUGGCGUUGAAACGGGCAGAAGAGCAAAUCGGAACAACAAAAAACACUAGCAAAUCAAAACAAAACAAAAAGAAACAAGUCGGAAUAUAAUAGAUAACUCGAUAGACAAAAGGAGGAACACGGAACACAUUCGCUUUGCAAUUGGAGUACUUUAAAAUUGUUGGCGUUUAAGUGAACAGUUCGCCUUGCAUAUAUAAAUCUAUAUUUUGCAUUUGCAUGCGCUACAAA